UUCAAAUCUCACAAUUUUGCUUCUUGCUUCGCUUACUUCGCUCUCUCUGCGGAGGAGGAUCCUUGGACGGCCAUGGCGUAAUUGGAGCCAUGGAAUUGUUUAUCACCAUUUUGAGAGAUUGAUUGUGCUAAGUCUGCGAUUUAUCGUUCAGAUAUAUCCGUCGUACCAUAUUUGGAGAUGCAGUUGAGAUCCCGCCAUGGACAGGGAGGCUAACCUUCCGGUUUCACAGGAUAGAGCUCCGAAGAAUCUGGUCCGUCCGAUACUGAACCAAGACACGUCUUCCUCUUCUUCUUUCUCCUCGCCGGAGUUUCUCCGGCAUGUUCAAGCCGCAUUCAAGCGCCAUCGUCCCCUAAGUAAAAUGCAGACGAGAACUAUAGGCCCCAGACGGAGUGUUGCUUCACAACGAGAAGCUUCAAGAAGCUCAGGCUUGGCUGUGGCCUCUAAAGCAGAAGUGAAGAGAUCGCAGGAUGUUGUUUCACUAAGUCUGAGUCUUGCCGCCAAUAAUCUGGCACAAGAGACUAGGAACAUAACCACUGGCGUUGCUGGGGAAUCUCUUGAAAAUGCUUCCAUUACACCACCUUCAAUUUCGGGUGCUAUUACUAAAAACUUUGACGAGAAUUUUAACCCAUUAGACAGACAGAUGGAUGAGUCAAUGCCUGAUGUUGCUUGUAAAGAGAGCAAUCUGCACAUGGAAUCUCAGAACAGAGAUGGCCACAGAAAGGUCCAAUCUCUAAUUGGCAACUCCCUCACCUCUUCUCAGGAUAUGGAAUGGGAUGCAACAAAUCAAGCUGAAGCGUACAAUUUUGUUGCUCAUAAUGAAUCGAGACAUCAGAAUUUCCGGACCGUUGAAUCUGAGAUCAAUUUCAAGUCUGAGUCCGGUGUUUCGUCUUCACUGGGAAAGAUUCAGGGUGGCCUGAACAAUUUCCAUAAUUUUUUAAACCAACCUGUUUCUCAAUGUUCUGUUGUGGGAUCAUCUUGUGCCACAACAACUUCAAUCCACUCGUCUUCAGCUCCAAUGCUUAACCCGACAACGAACAUGUCUUGUUCUUAUGUAGAGGGUAACAGUAAUGCAAUGCUGGAACCUUCUGCUAACUCAAAUGCAAAUCCACGAGCUAUUCAAAGUCAAGGAGAUAUGAUGCAUUCUUUGCAUUCUUCGUCUAAGGACAUCAACAACAAUAUGCAAGUUGACAAGAGUGUGGAAGCAUCGAAGAUGCCAGCCUCAGCUAUUGAUCGAGGAGUGGAAGUCAAGGAUCCAGAUAAUUCAAAGCAACGACAUAACACUACCGAAAGUGAAAUUCCAAUGGCAUCUUCCAGUUAUCAGAGAGAUGUACUACCCACUAAUGCAGGUUCUCAGCCUUCAAAAUCAGAUAAGCAAGAAAAGGUUGCUAACAACAAAGAGGCAGCAGCACCUCGUAGAAGGAACUAUGAUCCUGACUUGUUCUUUAAAGUUAAUGGGAAGCUCUAUCAGAGGCUCGGCAAGAUCGGUAGUGGAGGAAGCAGUGAGGUCCACAAGGUCAUAUCUUCAGAUUGUAACAUAUAUGCACUCAAGAAAAUCAAGCUCAAAGGCCGUGACUAUGCAACAUCGUAUGGAUUUUGCCAGGAGAUUGGGUAUUUAAAGAAGCUAAAAGGGAAGAACAACAUUAUUCAAUUGAUAGACUACGAGGUGACCGAUAAAACUUUGCUCGGGGAAGUGAUGAAGGGCACAAUGAGUAACAGAGAUGGAAGAGUGAAGGACGAUGGAUACAUCUAUAUGGUACUAGAAUAUGGAGAAAUCGAUCUGGCCCACAUGUUGUCCCAGAAGUGGAAGGAAAUCGAAGGAUCUAACCGAACCAUUGAUGCAAAUUGGCUUCGGUUCUAUUGGCAGCAAAUACUUCAAGCUGUUAAUACCAUACACGAGGAACGAAUUGUGCACUCUGAUUUGAAGCCAGCGAAUUUCCUUCUCGUGAGAGGCUCUUUAAAGCUGAUUGAUUUUGGAAUUGCUAAGGCCAUCAAUAGUGAUACUACCAAUAUCCAGAGGGACUCACAGGUGGGAACUUUGAGUUACAUGUCACCGGAAGCAUUCAUGUGCAACGAGAACGAUGCAAACGGGAACACAAUCAAAUGCGGGAGACCAUCGGAUAUUUGGUCACUUGGAUGCAUCCUCUACCAAAUGGUGUAUGGAAGAACCCCUUUUUCAGACUACAAAUCGUUCUGGUCGAAAUUCAAAGUCAUAACCGAUCCAAACCACGAGAUCACAUACCCUCCUGUCUCUAACCCGUGGCUUCUCGAUCUCAUGAAGAAAUGUCUUGCUUGGGACCGGAACCAAAGAUGGAGAAUCCCUCAACUCUUGGAACACCCUUUCCUUGCCCCGCCAAUCCCGAUCCCACCCAACCCACCACGAGACCAAAGUAUCAUCAAACUGCUCGAUCUUGUUGCUGAAUCUUGUGGCAGCGAUGAAACUGCCUCUUCCAUGGCUUCUCAGCUCAGACAACUGCUUGCAGAUCCAAGAACUGAUGUAUUAGCAUCAAAUGAUUCACUGUGUCAGAUUCUCUCCCGGGUUUCAGAGCUUUGUUCUCUACUUCAAGAACGUUUGCAGAGUCCUGUAAACUAGUAUGUUAUUGUUGUAGUACGUUUAAAGGGUCUGUCCGUUUCAGGUUAAACGUCGUUCCAGUUUAUCACAAUGUGAUUGGGCACAUUUUGUA